GUAUGCAGCAGCAACUGGAUGCUCUCCCCUCUUUUUUUCAAUUGUUUGUCUAUGAUUCGAUUAAAUUCCUCCACUUCACUGAAAUAGUACAUAAAGAACAUAAUCACUGAUUAACAAAAAUGCUGUUAAAAAGUGGUACACAACACAGUACAGUACAGUACAGUACAGUACACAGUACAUGACACAAUCUAACACGUGGUAUUUUAAUUAUGAUGGCCUACUGUUAUGUCUGACUAUAAAAAUGUCACAUGUCUCAAUCAACAUUAAAACCACAUCUUGAAGAGACAUACUCAUAACAUGUAUUGUGUGGUAACGUCAAAAAGCUUUAACUGACUGUGAGCAUGUGACAGUUAAAACAUAUUUAUAUUAUUUUAACUAUAAAAAAACUAGUAACUAACAAGGUUUUAAAACCAGCGUAAUACAGUUUUCUUGUACUGUCACUAAUCAACACAAGCUUUCAUGCAACAGUUUAAUUAAACGAAUGUGCUAACAAGUCAUUUACAGCAUUAUUCUAUGUAAAGCACAUUGAAUGACCUCUGUGUAUGAAAUGUGCUACACAAAUAAACGUGCCUUGCCAUAUAAUGUAUUAUGGAUAUGCAUUCAAGACUAUUUAGCAAAUCACAAUCACUUCGGCUAUAAUGUUCAAAUAAAAAUUGAUUCACACUUGAUACUCACACACUUCUUGUUAUCCAUCUUUGUUGGUCCUCUAGUUCGCUAGGUGGCGUUGUCACUAAAAACCUAGGGUCGUAUAACUGCGGUCCUAUGACUGCGCCCCGAAACUGCAGCCUCCGCUUGUGCAGGCAGAUGCUACUCACUCGGGAGUCAACUAGAAGUGAUGGCAAUAUCAGCUUUGUACAUUGAAAAAUCAAAUUCAAACUGAAUGAUGAUUACACAGAAUAACAUACAAUCAGACCAGUGAUAAUCCCUUUUUACAACUUAUUUUCAGAUAUUUAGACAAAAGUCUACCACUUUUGUAUAGGCUAAUUUUACAUACAAACAUACCGACAUAACAUCCACACAUAAUAUUUUGGCUCCAUACACAUAAUAUUUUGGCUCCAUAUACAUACACAUAUACACACAUAUACAUCUGAAUUGCUCAAAAUGGAUUAAGUAAAAAAAACAGUUUUAGGAUGAUCAUGUUUGUAGCGGGUUAUUCGAUGAAUAUGUAGCUACAAAAUAUAUUUCAUACACAGUGGAGUUGGUAACUAAUAAUAAUAGUAAAUGUGUAAAGUAGCAUAAAAUAGAAUUAAAUAAUAAAGCAAGAAAAAAAACUACCUCAAAUAUGUAUCUAUUUAAUGAUUGGAUUCCACAACUGAUAACAAUGAAUCUACCUGUUAAUGCAACGAACUUCGGAAACUUUCGUCAGAGAUGCUACGGAGCGGGCGGGAAAACACGAAGUGGAUUGCAACAGAAUCAGAAUCAGUGGAUCUUUAGCGGAGCGGUAACAUAAAACGGCAAGUUUGGGGCACAGUGUUUAGUCUAUGUUCCGCGUUUUGCUGCUUUCCGCAGGUCUCUCAUAUUAAAAACGAACUAGACAUCCGCCUGAAAGGGUUUUUAAAAUAUGUAUUUGAUAUUUAUUAAUACUAAAUCAUCACGCUGGCCGGAUUGGACACUCCAAGAACUCUGCCAUCUACUGUGCAGACAUAAGAACAGCUGUUUGACGACCAUGAAUGUACCUCUGUUUUGUUUAUUACUUGUUUCUGAGUUUUUUUUUUUACCAAAUUAAAGUCAUCUGAGACAUUUAAAUAUUACGCCAUAAGCUGCAUAUUUCACCAUCUUUGUACAAUAAUAUAUGAGGCAGCUCUUUCUUUUUUGACAAAAAAAUUUAAAUAACCAUGACGAUACUUCCUAGUUACAGAAUUCAAAACCGAAAGUUAUUCAGACGAGUCGGACACUAAACACAAAUGAAAGCUGCGCCAUUAUCGCGGGUGAAGAGUUUAAUAGGCCAAUUAAAAAAAAAAUGUAUGCAAAGGAAAGAGAUGAGGGGGACACUGCCCCUAAAACUUUUGUCUGUAAGACGGGAGGUUCUGAUUCUGUUCAGACUCAGAAACAAACAUCUCCACAACCCAGCCUUGUGUCUAUGAAGAGUAGUAAUUCCAUGAUUCAGCCUCUUAAAUUCAGUGAUGAAACGCUGACCUCUGCUCAUAGGCCAAUUCAAAACAAAAUGUAUGCAAAGGAAAGAGAUGAGGUGGACACUGCCCCUAAAACUUUUGUCUGUAAGACGGGAGGUUCUGAUUCUGUUCAGACUCAGAAACAAACAUCUCCACAACCCAGCCUUGUGUCUAUGAAGAGUAGUAAUUCCAUGAUUCAGCCUCUUAAAUUCAGUGAUGAAACGCUGACCUCUGCUCAUAGACAGCAGAUAAAGAAAGGAGCAUCUCCAGCAACUAUGCAUAUGAAGUGUAACAACUGCAUGAAUAAGUCAGUCUUUAGUGGUGGAGUGGGACCCUCUAAUACUAGGUGGGAGAGAGGGGAUUUGGUUCCGUCUAAAUGUGGAGUAUGUAAGCAGGGCCUGAAAGAUCCGGUUUCUAUUACUUGUGGACACAGUUUCUCCAGACAGAGACUUAAAGAGACUCACAAAACCAGCAUGAAAAAUAAGUAUGAGAGUUUAUUUGAAGGAAUCAAUCUACAAGAGAAUCAAACCCUACUGAACAGUAUUUAUACACAACUGUACAUCAUAGAGGGAGAGAGUGAAGGAGUGAAUGAAGAACAUGAGGUUUUACAGAUGGAGAAAACACCCAGGACACAACCCUUACAAGACACUCCAAUCCACUGCAAUGACAUAUUUAAACCCUUACCUGAACCAGAAUGUAAAACAGAGAAAAGAAUAAGAAAAGACAAAAUCAAGAGCGUUCUUACUAAAGGCAUCGCUGGAAUUGGAAAAACCGUCUCUGUACAGAAGUUCAUCUUGGACUGGGCUGAGAAUAAAGUCAAUCAGGAUGUAGAUUUCAUGUUUGUAUUUACAUUUCGGGAGCUGAACUUGAUUAAAGAUGAAAAAUAUAGUCUUCACAAACUUCUGCUUGCCUUUCAUCCUGAACUUCAAGAUCUAAGCUCAAAGAUUUAUGAUGAGUGUACAUUUCUGUUUAUCUUUGAUGGUCUGGAUGAAAGCAAAAUUAAACUGGCAUUUUUAAACUGUGAGAGAGUUUCUGAUGUGACUCAAACUUCAUCAGUUGGUGUAUUGAUAUUAAACCUUAUGAAAGGAGAUCUGCUUCCCACUGCUCUCAUUUGGAUCACCUCCAGACCAGCAGCAGUCAAUCAGAUCCCAUCUAAAUACAUCAACCGUGUGACAGAAAUCCAGGGAUUCAAUGAUGCUCAAAAAGAUGAAUAUUUCAGAAAGAGAAUCAAUGAUGAACAUCAAGCCAGCAGAAUCAUCUCACAAAUUAAAACAGCAAGAAGUCUCCACAUCAUGUGUCACAUACCGGUCUUCUGUUGGAUCUCAGCUGUUGUGCUUCAAAAGAUCAUGAAAGGUCACUGUACUGAAAUCCCCAGAACUCUGACUGAAAUGUACAUAAACUUCCUGAUUAUUCAGACAAAUAUAAAAAAUAUGAAAUAUGAAGAGAGAGAUGAAAGGGAUCCUAAUAAACUCCUGGAGGCAAACAAAGACAUGAUUGUGAAACUGUCUGAAUUGGCUUUCAAGCAGCUGAUGAAGGGAAAUGUGAUGUUUUAUGAGGAAGAUUUGAGAGAUUGUGGCAUAGAUAUCACUGAUGCCUCAGUGUAUUCUGGGAUUUGUACUGAGAUCUUUAAGGAAGAAUAUGUGAUCCAUCAGAGGAAAAUCUACUGCUUCAUACACCUCAGCUUUCAGGAGUUUCUUGCAGCAUUUUAUGUCUUCUACUGCUAUGUAAAUAAGACUUCAGAGACCUUAAAAGUUUUUGAUUUACUUCAUAAUUUGCAUAAAGGAGUACUGGAUAAAGCCCUAAAGUGUGAGAAUGGACGCAUGGACCUUUUUGUUCGAUUCCUGCUGGGCAUCUCACUUGAGUCCAAUCAGAGACUCUUACAGGGUCUACUGACACACACAGAGAGCAGCUCAGAUAGCAUAAUGGAAACCAUAAAGUAUAUUAAAAACAAAAUCAUAAAAUGGAAAAACACUCUUUCUGCUGAAAGAUCUAUCAACCUUUUCCUCUGUUUGCUUGAAGUGAAUGAUCACACUUUGCACAGAGAGAUUAAAGAGUUUCUAAAAUCAGACAAAGAAUCAGACAAUAAACUCUCUCUUGCACACUGUUCAGCGAUAGCCUACAUACUUCAGAUAUCAGAGGAGGUGCUGGAUGAGCUGAAUCUGAAGAAAUACAACACAACAGAGGAGGGUAGACGGCGAUUAAUACCAGCUGUGAGGAACUGCAGAAGAGCUUUGCUUGCUGACUGCAGUGUCACUGAUCAUUCGUGCGAAGUUGUGGCAUCUGCUCUACAAUUAUCAAACUCCCCCCUAAGAGAACUGGACCUGAGUAACAAUGACCUGCAGGAUUCAGGAGUGAAGCUCAUCUGUGCUGGACUGAAGAGUUCUGAAUGUCAGCUAAAAAUACUGAGGUUAUCAGGCUGUAUGGUGACAGAGAAAGGCUGUUCUUGUCUGGCUUCAGCUCUAAGUUUAAACCCGUCACACCUGAGAGAGCUGGAUCUGAGCUACAAUCAUCCAGGACACUCAGGAGUUCAGUUGCUAAAUGCUAAACUGGAGGAUCCACUCUGCAAACUAGAAAUUCUAAAUUUGGACCAUGGAGAACAUUUCAGAAUCACUCCAGGACUAAAAAAAUAUGCCUGUUAUCUCACACUGGACCCAAACACCGCAAACAAUCAUCUCUCUCUGUCCGAGGAGAACAGAAAGGUGACACGUGUUGAAGAGGAGUUGCCUUACCCUGAACACCCUGAGAGAUUUGACUGCUUUGAGCAAGUUUUGUGCAAAGAGAGACUGUCUGGACGCUUCUACUGGGAGGCUGAAUGGAGUCAGAGGGGGGCUGGUUUAUCAGUGACAUAUAAAGGAAUUAUGCGAACAGGAAGUGACUGUAGAUUUGGGCUCAAUGAAAUGUCCUGGAGUCUGAUCUGCUUCGACAACAAAUACUCUGCCUGGCACAGUAAUAAGAGAACUAACUUGCAAGCCCCUUCACCUACCUCUAAUAAAGUAGGAGUGUAUCUGGACUGGCCAGCCGGCACUUUGUCCUUCUACAGCAUCUCUGACAAACACAUACUCACACACUUACACACAUAUCACUCUACAUUCACUGAGCCUCUGUAUGCCGGAUUAAGGCUUUAUCCUGACACUUCCGUUUCUCUGUGUCAUGCUGAGGAGAUUCAUGUUAUGGACAACUAAGAUGAAAGAGAUGGCUGGCUUUCAUUAAGAUAGGAUCAUCUUCUUAUUGCAUUUGUUAUAUGUAAGAAAUAAUUGACGACGGGCUGUUGUAUUAUUCAAAAAUAAUGCACACCUAAGGUGGGAAUGCGGCAUGAUGCAAACCAGAGCUACAACGCGAAUGUGCAUUAUUUUUGAAAUAAGGACUGGAGUCAAUAUAUACCAUGGUUACCACAAACAUUGCUCUGGUGGUUAUUUCAAGACAUUUGACAGAUCAGAGGGCUGUUCCAUAAAACUCGAUAGAAAAGCGAGGAUUAAAAUUAAAAACCUGACUUGAAUUAACCAAAUGUAUCAGUUGAGCUUAAAUCAGUUCCAUAACGGUUAGUUGAGGUUUACGCAGUCCUACUAAUUUAAACAAGUCUCAAGAAGUCAAGAUAAUAGCGCAUGCACGCUAUUCUUGAGCAGCUCUAGAAGUCGAGCUUGCAUUAAAUCGGAUCAAAGUUAAAGAGCGAGCGCUGAUUUGUGAUAGAAGUGUAUAAAGAAUUUACUACUGACAAAAAAUGAUAAUUCUGUUGCAAUAAACAAAACCAUAUACAAGGCUAGGAAGUUCUUAUGAACUAAAUCAGGGGUCUUCAACGUUUUUUGGGUCGGGGACCCCUUAGAUGAGAGAGGCAUAAAACAGGGACCCCCUAAUACUAAUGUGUAAAACAGAGAUAUUUUAGUAAGCAGUAAGGUGCGAGAGGCUGCCUUUUCGUUAGGCACAACGCAAAGUGGAGUAAAGUACAACUAUUGACCAAUCAGAAUCAAGGACUGGAACUGUUUUAUAAAUAGAAACAAACCAUAUUGUCACACAGCCAUACUAUAUUAACAUGCAUAAUUUUUUGUUAAAGUAGAUUUUGUUUUUAUAUUAAUAUAAUAAAAAUAAUAAUAUUUUAAGGUAUUUGCAGUGUAAUAUAUUUUCAUUUUACUGUGAAUUGGACAAGGGCUUUCAGUUUACAAAGAUGACUGAUCAAUGGCACAAAGACUCUCUAUUCUUGUGGGGAUAGAGGUUGAAUUUUGAGGUCUGUUGCCUUGCUCGUGUAUCAUCAUUGUCACGAGUUUGAAUAACGCAGGUUUAUUUUCUGCAUAGCUGCAUAUCAGACUCAGGAAAACAACUUGCAACGAGUCCGCGCGCAUCUCUUUGGGGCAACUUUUUAAGAGGCGGAUUUCAACCUGACUAUGAAUCUUGCACAAAGCACCAUCACGGUGCGCGUUUCAUUCAUUAAAAUCGAGUGAUAGUUUGGUCACAGUUUAAAAUGCAGACGCGGUGUGGUGUAAUUUGCCUGUUGAAUUAGCGCUUUAAAUCUGAACCGCGUGAAACAGCCGUCCAAGUUCAGAAAUAUGGAAGAGACAACAUGUCGCAAUGAUUCUGAAAUGACAUUCUGAAAGAAAGACACACAUAAGAUUUACCUGUUUUAUGAUGACUUUUCUGUCGCUACUGCUGCUUCCUGAGUGGACACUUAUAAUCUUUAGAUAUUUUAUUUUGGUCCGCUGGCUAAACUGAACGCGCGCCUUCAAACCUAUGCGGCCACGCACGUGCACAACUUAAAGGGGACAUGUAACGUUUUGUACAUAUAUUUUACGUUUUUAACCAAGAAAUAGCUUGUCGUUAAACAUCAUUUGGCGGACCCCCUGCAGUUCCGUCACGGACCCCCUGGGGGCCGCGGACCCCCGGUUGAAGACCCAUGAACUAAAUGCUUUCAUGCAGCAAAUAAAUUAAAAUCAUGAUUUACGAUCAGAUCACUGCCUGAAAUUGUACUGGACCUUGUCAGAAAUGAUAGCCUAGUGGGCAGUGCUAGUGUUCUCAAGUAGCAUAUUCAGCGACCCGAGUUCAAUGAUUGCUCUUCUUUGCUUGUAGUUUCCUGUAUUCUCCAUAUACUCUACUAUUUAAACAACACUUAUUUUAACUUUAAAAAGACAAUCUUUAAGUUAUUAAAAUGCUGUGUACAAAUGUAAAAAAUGUACAACUUAUAAAUUGGGCUUCUGCCUUGUUUUUAUUUGUAAUAUACUGUGUAACCUAUAUAAUAAAAACAUUGCCUCCCUAACUCAAAAUUUUCUAGUGACUGGUUACAUUGAAAACUUUCACUUGGGCCAAUAGAUUUUCUGUGAAUUGAAUUUUAUCAAUUGCAGCAACGAUCUUUAAACAUUAGCCCAAUGGGAAAAAACUGUCAUGGUUCUGCCAGCUUAUCUUGUGUUUAAUCUAGUCUUGUGGCAGAAUCAUGAAAUGACCAUGUUCUGUGUGGGAUCACGUGGUCUGAGUAUUGGUUUUACUAGACCACGUGUUCCCGGUGUCUUGUCACUUUUACCUCGCUCCCUUGUCACCCUCAUUGUUUAAUUCAUGUCACCUGUUGUCUUCAUUAGUUCUCCCCUAUUUAAGGUCCUUGUGUUUGUUAGUCUGUGCCUGUUCAUUGUUGUUUUAUGUAUUGUUCCAUGCCGUGUUCCAUUGCCUUGUUAUACCCGUGUGAAUACUUUAUUAGUUUAGUUAUUUCCCAGUGUAUCUUAUUUUGCCCCCUCGUCGGUUGUUUAUUUUGUGU